UGCCCUACAAAUGGGAGACAAAGACCUGCAGUGCCAGUGAGAGAGAAGCCUGCCAAGGGGGCCUGUCAGAAAUGAGUUUUUCACUGAACUUUACACUGCCAUCGAAUACGACAUCCUCUCCAGUUGCCACGAGUGCCAAAGCCACAGACUGUGGUCCCUCUAUUGGACUGGCAGCUGGAAUCCCAUCCCUGCUGGCCACAGCCCUGCUGGUGGCUUUGCUGUUUACCUUGAUUCAGCGAAGAAGAACCAUCAAUGAUGAGCCCGUAGAGGAGACUGAGAUACCAUGUGAAAUUUCAGAACUCUAUGACAAUCCCAAAAUACCCGAGAAUCCUAGGCGGUCACCCACACAUGAAAUGAACCCACGAGGCAGCCAAGAAGGGCACAUAUAUGUGAAGACUGUCUCGGGAAGUGAGGAGCCCCUGCCGGACACCUACCGUCCUCCUGAAGAAAUAGAAAGAAGAAGAGGACUUUGGUGGCUUGUACCCAGACUGAGCCUUGAAUGAUGUCACCGCAUCAGGGAGCAGACCCAGAGCUGGAUCAGGGCUGAAAACCUGGAAUCUGUGCUCAGGGUUCACGCUUGGAGAGGCGAGGAGUCAGCUGCCUCUCAUUCGACAUCAAUUUCAUUUAUAGACCCAAGACACAUCUGGUUGCCUUGCCCCUUUAGGGGAUGGCUGCAGGCAGGUUCAUUCGAUCUCAGACCUUGCAGGGUAAUCAGCAAGGCGACCCAGGUGAGUUGACUAUGCGUCCAGAUGAGCCCCCAUAUGUCCUGUUUCUGAAUCUAGCGAAGUCUGCCUUUGGGAAACGGCUUGGCUCCCGAGUGUCCUGCCUUCUCCUCUACCUGCUCCAAAUGUUAUCAUUUAAAAAAUAAUAAAGCUUUGAGAGUUGGC